AUGGCCACAGUUCUAGGACGGAAGUUCUUUGGCAGUCCUCGCAUUGUCCUGCAACCCUGGACAUGCGGGAGUUGCCGCAGCAUGAGCCAUAGCUCCUCCCUUCAGGCCGGGCAUAGCAAAUGGGCCAACAUCAAGCAUAUCAAGGGCCGAAAUGACGCCGCUAAGAGCAAGGAGAGGCAAAUAAUCAGCCAAGAGCUUAUGCAGUCUUCAAAAUUAUACGGCCCCGAUCCAGGAUCCAACACUAAGCUCGCAGCCAUCAUCGCAAAUGCUAAACGGAGCGGAAUGUCUAAGGCAACGAUUGAGUCUGCAAUUGCCAAGGGACAGGGUAUAUCUAUGUCAGGAGCGCCCUUGGAACCCUUGACAAUUGAAGCAAUGCUCCCGGGCUCCGUGGCCGUGGUGAUUGAGUGUCAGACCGACCAGAAGGGCAGAACCCUCCAGGACGUUCGCCACAUGAUCAAGGAAGCGGGCGGUAAUGUGACCCCUACGACAUUCCUAUUCGAGAAAAAGGGGAAGAUUGCUUUUGAAAAGGAUCCAAAGAGCAGGAGUACGGACGAUUAUCUUGAGAGCGCUAUCGAUGCCGGUGCCAUAGACGUGGAUGCAGAUGCGGAAGGACGGCUGAUUGUGUACACGGAACCUGCAAUGACAAAAUCCGUGGGCGAGGCAAUUUCCACUUCUACGGGGUUGAAGAUUGAAAGCUUGGACAUCAUUUGGGAUCCUAACAAGGAGACAAUGGUGACGCUUUCGAGCGAGGAGGCGGCGAAUGAACUGGAUGAAUUUCUCGACAACGUUCGUGAGGAGACAACUGUUCAAGAAAUAUACAUGAAUCUGGCUAGAACAUGA